AUGGCUGAUUUCACGUUCUUGACCGGCCUGUCGUACGUCUUUGGCUGGACGUACUUCACUUGCUGGUCUCUCUCGUUUUAUCCCCAAUCGAUUCUCAACUUCUCGCGCAAGUCAACAUCCGGAACCACUAUAGACUUUCCUCUCAUCAACUGUCUAGGCUUCUUCGCCUACACCGUCUCCAACAUCGCCUUUGUCUAUUCUCCCUUGAUUCGCGCCCAGUACGCAGCCCGCUACAAAGGCUUGACCCCCACGGUCCAAUUCAACGAUAUCACCUUCGCCUUUCACGGCCUCCUCCUCUGCUUCGUCACCGUCAGCCAGUACCUCUUCCCGCGCGCAUGGGGCUUUGCACCAAGCCUCGGCAGCCGUCCCAGCCGUUUCAUCCUGGGCACCUUCUUCGGCUGCGUAGCCGGCGCUCUCAUCGUCAUUCUCCGAGUAUGGGCUUCCCCCGUUCGCAAUGAGAGCACUGCCGCCGUAACCGGCUGGGUCUGGCUAGACGCCAUCUAUGCCGUCUCGUACGUCAAGCUCGUCGUGACCCUGAUCAAGUACACGCCGCAGAUGUACAUCAACUACCGCAACAAGUCGACCGUGGGGUGGUCCAUCUUGCAGAUUUUGCUGGAUUUUGGCGGCGGAAUCUUGAGCAUCUCGCAGCAGGCCAUCGACAGUUAUCAGCAAGGUGACUGGUCGGGUAUCACGGGCAAUCCGGUCAAGUUCGCGCUGGGGAACGUGUCGAUGAUCUACGAUCUGGUGUUUAUCGUGCAGCAUUAUGUGCUUUAUCGUCACGCAGUAGGGCCGAAGGUAGAUGGAGAUGGAGAUAGUGAUGGUUAUUCUGAUUCGGAUCCCUUGCUAGGAGAGAGUGCAAGGGAGGGGGAUGAGGAAAGGCGGAUUCAGUGA